ACUUCCACCCGAGGCAAAGCCUUUAAUCGUGGCUCCAAACCCACCAGUCGCAAUACCAGUCCCAGUCGCAUCUUGACCAUCCGCAGACCCAGAUCAAUCCCGACCAGUCGCAUACCUAUCUGCAGGCUUGCGGGUGACCCGAAGAGAAACACUUCCCCAGUUCGGGACACUCCCUUGAAGGCAGUAACCAGUGCCAUUGCGUGUUCCUUGCCCUUGCUUCUAGCCUCCGAGAAUACAGUGGGCGAUCAUGAACGUAAACCUGAAGUGGACAAGGACUCUGUCAAGCGGACUAAAUGUAUGCCGCGCCCAAAAGCUAAGUCAACGACGGAAGCUGCACAAGAAGCUGGAGAACUUGCACUCGGAGUUCAAGAAGCUUCAAGAAGUCUACAAGUUUGUGGCCGUGGUGGUGAACGAGAAGUGCAAAAUCGUUGUUCACGCCGACGAUCUGCACUGAUUGCCCAAGAAUCUGCUAAUUCUAAUGAACUAAAAGUGGCAUUAAAUAUCAAAUCCAACGAAUCGGAGACCCAAUCUCAAGUCGAGGAUCGGUUUAACAAAGAGAUGACCAAAUUGCGGGAGAAGAUCGAUCUCGAUCAGCAGAUACCGAUCGGAACCACUUGAUAAACAGCCUGCAGAAGAACGAGAAGGAGAACCGAUCCAAACUGGACAAAAUAAACUGUCAAGUUGGCGAGAAAGACGCGCUAAUCAGUCAGGUCCCGCGGCCGGGAAUUAAUAGCCCUGCCCAUGCUUACCCCCCUUUCUCUUUGCAGGUGAACAACGAGCUGGCCUCGAAGGAGGAGGAGUCGCGCAAACUCUUCGGGAUCCUGAAUUUCAAGCAGGGGGAGGUGAGGCGGCGGGAGCAUGUCAUCCAAAAGCUAUGGUGCUAAAAGAGCAAGCAGUGCGGAUUGUCACUAUGCAAGAAGAGAUUAAACGCCUGAAGCAGACCCUGUAAGUUCACCCAGA